AUGCGACGGAAAGAUUCACCAGCCCAUUGCGGCAUUUACAGGCCAUCAAUGCUAUCAGCUUUACGCAGCAAAAUGGACCAGAGAAGGAAAGAAGCAUUCAGCGAACUCGAAGAAGAGGAAUUCGAGAAACAACAAGCACUGGCAAACCAGACACAGUAUUGUCCCGGUACCGUUCCAGAAAUAAUCGUGGAAGAGAAUGUGGACGAUAAUCCGGCUGUAACGAAUCAGAGCAAGGCAAUCACAGUGGAAAAAAAUGACCGAAAAGUGGACGAUCCUGCUACGAUGCAGUUCUCCAAUACUCAGACGUGGCAAUCGACUACUUUAACAUAUACGCCAUGCAAGCACAUUUUUCAUGAAUUUUUUGCAUGA